AUGGCUUUCGGCACCGGAAAGGAUGAACUGCGAGUACCGAACACGACGUUCGGGAUGGCCACGUAUCUCUCUGCUGACAUGACAAGUCAAGCGAACUUUGACGGUAUCCUCGGGCUUGGCUUCCAAUCACUUGCUGUUAAUAAUAUUCAACCGCCACUGAUGAACGCGCACGCUCAAGGGCUCCUCGACGACCCGGUAUUCACGGUGGUUCUUGGACACCGUAACAACGACGCGGGCCCUGCCGGGCAGAUCACCUACGGGGCCAUCGACACUGAGUCGUGCACUUCCAACUUUUCCUGGGUCCCACUGAGUCGUGCUGCUUACUGGCAAUUUACGGUGUCGAAAGCCAGUUUCGGUUCGUUCAGCGGCGGUCCCUACGAGGUCAUCACCGAUACGGGCACCUCGUUCAUCGGCGGUCCCGUCGAUGCCAUUACCGCUAUUGUAAAAGCCCUCGGGGCUAAUUAUGACGACCAAUAUGAUAUGUAUAUGACCAGCUGUAGCGGCGAUUUUCCGGAUUUAGAACUGACGAUUGGUGGCAAGGUGUACAGCGUGACGCCGAAAAACUAUCUGCUAAACGAUUUUGAUGGCACGACCUGCGCGGCCGCCUUUUUUGCCUUUCAGAGUGACAGUCCAAACGCCCCAAAAUGGAUCCUCGGCGACCCAAAAAUGCCCGGCGGAAAGAACGAUUCGGCGUUCAGCUUCGAGGACUUCCCGGCUCUACCCGGCUCCUCUUCCAACGACAAGCGAGUGCGCGACGACGAGGCGAGCUGCUCGGAGGCGCUCCUCAGUAGCUACCAAGAGCCCACAUCCGCCAACCAAUCGUUACAAAGUACUUUCGAAGACACGAUAAGCGACAGCCAGGCGCCGAAAGCAAUGCCAACGCAAUCGGAGACGAAUUUACCUGGCGAUGAAAUAGCGAUCCCGACGGAAUGC